GGGGAGUUCGCUUGAUUUUGUUUUCCAUCUGGCACUGCGAUUUUUCUGGAAGGUCAGUUGGACAAUGCAGUCCCCUCAGUUUUGAUGCAUUUGUAGUUAGUAAUCCCAUCCAAUCGAAUCGAUUAAUGUUUAUUUGCGAGAGCGUGAUCUUAGACAUGGGGGGCUGAAUAUGUUUUAAAUACAAUACAAACCAUCCUUUUCGAUUUUCCUGAACAUUCAGCAUUCAAUACAAACCGCCCGCUCUGCCACGUAGGUAGUUGGUAAAAAUGUUCCGUGUGGGAGGUGGGGAUGAUAUGCUGGAAAGGAAACCAUGAUUAAUUAUUUUGCAUAAUUGAUCAGGCUAGGGUUCUGAAGUUAGUUAUUUUUUUUAUUGCUUUAGAGUUCAGAUUUAUUGUUAUCAGUAAAUACCGGGAUUCUUUCUUAAUGAAUAGUAGGAUCCUCUUAUGCUAUAUCAUUCCAUUCUUAAAUUUUGAAUAGCAGGCACUACCAUAUAUCAUCACCAAAUGUGGGCAUGGUUGUGUACUAUUGGGCCUUCUAUCAUGUUAUGGCAACCAUACCAUUCUAUCAAUUUCAAUUUUUAUAAUCAAUCUUGGAAAUUAGCUUGCCUGUUUGAAUGUACAUGUCACUUGUUACCUUACUCUGAAGUUCCAUUGUGAGGUUGUGCCAUACCGUCCCUUUCAUUUCUUGGUAACCGUCACACCAGGUAUACUUUCUCUGUUCAGAGAGUGAUUGGGAUUUCAAGGAAUGAGUUCUUCAUCACAUCGUGCCGAAUAUAACCGAAGUUACAUGGCUAUGGUGCCUAGUGAUUUUUCAUACCAUGGGGUUGUGGACAAUGGCCCCACUGGAUUUACCCAAGGUUCGCGUGAGGAAGCCUGUAAACUUGGUCCAUCAUGGUAUUUCAGUAGAAAGGAAUUAGAGGAAAAUUCUCCAUCCAGAAGGGAUGGCAUUGAUUGGAAGAAAGAGUCGAACCUUCGAAAGUCAUAUUGCAAGUUUCUACAAGAAUUGGGGAAGAAGCUUAAAUUGCCUCAACUGACGAUUGCUACAGCUAUGGUAUUCUGUCAUCGUUUUUACCUUCGCCAGUCCCUUGUAAAAAAUGAUAGACGAAUAAUCGCCACAGUUUGUAUGUUCUUAGCUGGAAAAGUUGAAGAAACACCCAUACCUUUGAAGGAUGUCAUCCUGAUUUCUUACGAGUUUAUUCAUAAGAAGGACCCUACGGCUGGUCAGAGAAUCAAGCAGCAGAAGGAAUUAUUUGAUAAACAAAAGGAACUUAUUUUACUUGGGGAGCGAGUUGUACUUGUAACACUCGAGUUUGACCUGAAUAUUCAUCAUGCUUACAAGCCCUUGGUUGAAGCAAUAAGGAGAUUCAAUGUUGGUGAUAUAAAUAAUUUUCCUCAGGUUGCCUGGAGUUUUGUAAAUGAUGGGCUGAGUAGUACUUCGCUUUGCCUGCAAUUCGAGCCUCAUCAUAUUGCAGCAGGUGCUAUCUUUUUGACUGCUAAGUUUCUCAAAGUGAAGCUCCCUUCUGAUGGUGAUAAGGUUUGGUGGCAGGAAUUUGGUGUCACGCUAGAACAGCUUGAAGAUUUUAGCAACCAAAUGUUGGAGUUGUAUCAGAAAAACCGUACAACACAGGCACAACCAUCACAUGGGGGUGAAGCCAAAGGUAUCUCUGCUGGUGUGCGUAAUCAACAUUCAUCUGUAAAAUCUGAAGAAAACACCAAGGAACCAUCUGCUCAUGGACGUCAUCAAGUAUCCAGACCGACAAAUUUGCAGCAUUCUUCCUCAACAGCUGCUCCAGGUCACCAUGACGUUGGGCACUCAAAUUCAGACAAGCAUUUUUCUGGCCACAAAAUACUUCAAAAUGACAAUGGUGGAAGCAAAGUAAAGAACAGGAGUGGAACUAAAUUGGAUGCUUGCAUGGACAGAUUGCACCAUGACAAAAGGUCCUCGCCUGGACAUCAUUAUUCCAAGGCCAGCUAUGAGUCUCAUAAUCUAGCGGAAGAACAUAAACCACAUGGAUCACAUGAUAAUUCCAAUGAAACAAGAGAUAGUGUUGGUGACAAAGAAGCUCCUGGGUUGUCAACAUUGAAAAUGGAUGUGGUGCACAAAAUCGACAAGAAUAAGGUAAAAGCAGCUUUGGAGAAGCAAAGCAAAUCGGAAGGUGGUGUUUCAACAAAGGUAAAUGCAAUGGACGAUGACGAUCUACUUGAUAGAGGGCUAGAACAUGGUGUUGAAUUAGCUGUUGAGGAUGAGAAGGUUAAGCAGGGCAAGUGGGACAACUUGUCCCAUGGUAGCAUGCCUCCAGCUGAUCUUCAAGACACUAACCAAGCAAUGGAGAACGGUCACCAUGCCAAGCAGGGUGUACCAACAACUGCUGAAGACAUGGGCUUUCCAGACAGUAAAGAACAUCAUCCUCCAGCAUUUCAUAGGCAAACUGAUGUUCCUGAGCACAAGGCACAGCAGCUUGAUCACACGUUGAAGCACCAAAAGGGCCAGGAUCAUUCUCAAAUUUUAUGAAGACACCUGAGCAGGAUGAAAAAGACUACAAAAGGCUCAAGCUUGAAUGUUUACAUGAUUUUGGAUGGGUUUAAUGGAAACUGGCGAACUACAGGCAAUUCGGUAUCGAAUUCAUUGUAUGGUGCCCGAUGCAUUUUGAUGAGCAUGUAUCUUCUUCAUUGGUGCCUGAGGAUGCUGGAGCGACACAAAAAUGUUGUAUUGUGCAACAUCUAGAUGAGUCGAUGGUGAUGUGUCUCACAAACGACACAACAGAUUGCACUUUAUAAUAUGAGGAAUGUUGCGCUGCCAAUAUUUGUUACGUUCCAACAAGCACUGGAAUAUAUGAAUGAAACAUGCUCACGCUUCUGGUAUUCA